ACCAAAAAGGGAGUCACCUGUUGCACGCCCGUGGUGUGCGCGUCAUUGUUGACGUUUUGCUCUGCGGUGAUGGAAUACUAAAUAAGCACCGGGAAUAAUUUGACUCAUUUUAAGAGGCGCUGAGUCAGAGGCAGUGCCACCGGUUGAGACUGCACCACCAGGAUCACUGUGACCUGAGAUUGCCCUUGACACUUCUGCCACCGGCAUCACCAUGGAGUCGACGGCCGUUUACAAUAGCACCACGGUGCCAGCCGGCGGCGCGCAGAACCGACGCGCCUACAUGGACAAUAUCAGCUAUGCCUCGCUCAACCCCAAGCGCUGCUGCAAUGUCGUCAUAGUGGUGGUCGGCAUUUUGGCCGUGCUGGCCGGCCUCUCGCUGAUCCUGUACGGCAGCCUGUACUACAUCAGCGUGCGCGACCCGGACGAGUUCGAGACUCCGAUGGAGCGCCGGCGACGCGAGGAGAGCAUGCUGGUGUACCAGAUCCUGCUGUUCGUCGGCAUCCCGGUGCUGGUGCUGGGCUGCGUGCUGUGGAUCGCGUACCUGUACCGCACGGGCCGCUGCAGCUACUGCCCGCUGUGCCCGGGCGCCCGGCGCCGCCGCCGCGCGCGCGAGUACUACGAGGCCCAGCGAAUCGAGGCGGACAACAUCUCCAACGGCUACAGCACCCACCCGACCACCAUGCUGCCGCUGGACGAGCAGGACCGGCUGGUGAAGCUCAACCGCGACGAGUACUCUGGCCUGGAGGAUACAGACGCCAUGCUGAUGGCGGGCACCCGGCCGGUCCUCGUCCCCAUGCAGACUACCAUCUAGCGGCGUGACGGCUCGGCUGUGGUGUCGGCUCGGCGUCGGCUCCGCUGGCCCGGCCGGAGGACCUGUCGCCGACGGGCGGGCGGCGUGCGCGCGGCCACACGGCCGCCUCGCCGUCGUGCGGCAGCGCCGAGUUUCCGCGUCUCAGUCCGUCCACGGCGCCGUCUUCCGACUUUGUGUGCAGCAGCCUGGCCCGACGGCCUCCCGCGUGAUCACUGGGCAGCUAUUUUGACGUCACGGACCGCGCAGUCCGCCACGACGUCGUGUGUUGGGUGUGGAUGAUUGGAUGUUAUGUUGCCAACGGGACCAAAAGAGGUUCCAGUAGGAUAGCCGCGGGCUCCCGGGUGGGAGAACCCGCGCGAUGCUUUUACUGACGGUCGGGGCGCUGUGUGCGGGCCAGGACACAGCUAACGCGCCGCUGACGCCGCCGAGGUGUCGCGCAUUCGCCUGCCUUGUGUCGCCGCAUGGCAGUCAUUUUCGGUAGCGGGUGGUAGUGCCGGUAGGCGGCGUCUGGCUAAAGAUCUGAACCGCUUCUCAGAACAGCACUGACUGCGGUGGACCAUUUUCGGUUGUAUUUUUGUCUCCGGUUUCCGUCCAUUGUCCCUCAUCGCCGGGCGAGGCCUGACGCGCACGUGGUCUUUACGUGACCGGCUGCGCUGUGUGAGGAGGUUCCACAAUGCAGCACGCUCUGGAGGAGAGUUAGUCUCGCUGUUGGUUGUUGUGACACCUGUGAAUGUUUACGUUAGCUCGGCAAGAUUUCGCCAGCUGAGAAAUUUUGUUAUGCAGCGUGCAGCGUACGCACAGUGUCAUAGACGGUGAUAGAUAGGAUAUCAUACCAAGAGAGAGCAUAAUCAUGCAAUGUGCUAACAUCACGUGUGGUGAUACCGGGGUUAUACGCCCCGAAGAGCUAUUUUAAGGCAAGUUUUACACGUAUAUUAAUACACGGUGGAACGGA